AUGCGCGUAGUGACAUUGUUGAUGAGUUGCAAAGAGUAUUUGGCUGGCAAAAAAUACUUGCUUGCAUUGGGAGACUUGUCUGGUGAUCAAGAUUUUUCUUUUGGGAAAUGGUUAGAAUUUUUGGAGCCUUUGUUGGGUGCUUUUGCUAGAAGUAUACCUGGAAGCAAGAUAUUAGUCACCUCUAGGUCCGCAAGUGUAGCAGCUGUAACGCGUCACACCUUGGUGCGAUUGCAAAGGGAGGCUACACCUUAUCUAUUGGAACCACUUCACCUGAACGAGUCUGUAGCUUUCAUUCAGAGCAUAGCAUACAAGGGAAUAGCUGAAAAGGAGAGAAAUCCUUUGUUGAUAGACAUUGGUCUUGAAAUUUUUAACAAGUGUGCCAAUAAUCUACAUGCCAUAACAAUUAUAGCUUCCAUUCUUUCUUCUGAACCUAACAAUUAUAAAAAGUGGCAGCAUUUUAAUGAUAUUUUGCUUGCAAGAGUUGAGGAUCCUGUAAUCUGUAUUAAGUCAGUUCUGGACCUAAUGCAGAAACAUGAUACAUUGCAGCCGGUCUUGAGUUACUCUUCUGUUCCAAACCCACUUUUGUCUUACUCGGCGUUGUUUCCACAUGACUACAAAUUUAGUAAGAGAAAACUGCAACAACUAUGGGAAGUCCAAGGAUUCCUUGAUUCAGUGCCAUCAAUAGAAGCGUUUAAUGCUUGUUUUGAGGCACUUCUUGCUGAAGAGUACUUCCUGGAAAACAGAAAAAGAGAUAAAGAUGGUGAGAUAGUCUAUUACACCACACAGGCUUUGAUGCAUGAGGUAGCGAAGCAUCUGGUGAGGGAUAAUUGUUGUUUACUUGAUAAGCCUACGAAUCAAAUUGAUGCUCAACAUGUAAGCUUUAUUGUUGACUCUUCUUGGAAAUCUCCAAAAUGGCUUAAAGACUCCAAGCUAUUGAAGUGUCUUCUUUUUCUUCCUCAUGAAUCAUGUGGGUUUGUUACUAUCGAUAACAUCAACGACAUCUUGGCAAAUUUGAAGUGUUUACAGGUGUUGGAUUUAGCCAUUGUGAAUUGCAGAAAUGGUCCUGAUUCCAUAGGGGAGUUGAAGCAAUUGAGAUACCUCAGACUUGGUAUCUCCUUUGAUUCGCUCCCAGAGUGCAUCACAAGCUUGCAGUACUUGAGCACUUUGGAUCUUCGGCACACUACAAUUCAGGAACUGCCUCAAAGCUUUCAUCAAUUACGCUGUCUAAAACACUUGUACAUUGGAGGUAGAUUGAUUGAUUUGCCACCUAGGUUCUGGGAAUUAACUCAACUACAAACCUUAGAUGUGUUCAUAGUAGGACAAAAUAAUGGGUUAAACGCACUGGCUAAUCUCCUGCAUCUUACUGGAAAGUUGAAGUUAUGUUAUAAAAAUUCUAAUGAGAAGCACGUAGGACCAAAUUACAAUAGAAUCAUAGCGGACAAGGAUCCCAUAUCUUUAUCGGAUUUGAAGAUAGAUGAUUUGUCGUUAGUAUGGUCGUCUUUGAAAGGAGCACCUGCCACUGAUUUUGCAAAAGAGAAAAAUGUCAUAGAGUUUGAUAUUUUGCAACCCCCUGCCACUCUGAAAAGCUUGGCAGUUCAAGGUUGGAAGGGAACAUGUUUUCCACCCUCUACCUUAUCCAGUAACCUUGUGUCUCUUCAACUUCAAGGUCUUGAGGCCUUAGAGUGCAUAGAGAUUUGUCAAGAUCCUCGUAAGACUCAUUCUGCUGCAACAACAGACUUCCCGUCUUUGAAGUAUUUGAUUAUGGUUAACUUGCCACUACUAGCGCGGUGGUCUAAGGUCAAGGACCAUAAUCCUGACAGCCAAGAACAAAAGCAAUAUGUUCCACAAAAGAUUUUCAAUCGUCUUUCUGAACUCAGAAUAAGUGGUUGCCCGAAGCUGAUGUCAAUGCCUUUGGUCCCAAGCCUUGAGAAGCUGGAGGUAUCUGACAUCCAUGAAAAGCUACUGAAACAUCUCUUAAGCACACAGGAAUCACAAGCAUUAUCAUCAUCAUCAGAAUCAUCAGCAUCUCCUACACUUAAGGAGCUGCAUAUCAACUCUGUUCAUGAACUAGAGUUUUUCUCAAUCACUGUAACUUCUUUGCAGGUGCUAACUAUUACAGAAUGCAGGAAAUUGACCAAUGUGCUCGUAGAAUCUUUCAACUCCCUUAAACGACUGAAGAUUCGAGCAUGCCCUGGAUUGAAAGAUAUUUCACAUGCAUUGCACAUCUCUCUGUCCUUGAGGAAUUAG